AGCUGACUCAACGCCACAAACUUUUGCAGAGGAGUUACUAGUAACUGCUAGAAAUGAUGACAUAUCAAGAAACACUUUCCGGUGACGUGUGACUACGAUAGAUAUAUAUACGUACAUUGAUAGCGUCCUCGGAGGGUUAAAUCAUUUGAAGCGGACUCGAUGUACACACUUUGAAACACCCAUCUAACGCUAACGUUAAUGUUAGCAUUAGCAUUAGCUAAAGCAUCACGGAAGGAGGAAAAGGGGUGUGCGAGCCUCGCGACAACCGACUGAACUCACACUUUGACAUUGGGAUAUCCAGAAGUCUGUCAUCCAGGCUCAUCUUCCCAGUUUGUUUUGGGAAUGCGGAACCGACACAGGGGAUCCCAUCUGGGCCUGAUGCUUCUGGCCUCCCAGGUGUUUCAGAUGGGUCUGGACAACAUCCCCCCAGUCACUCUGGCUGUCCUGGGACUCAACGUGUACCUUUACCUGUUCCCUGCAGCUCCACUGAUGCAGGCCUGUGUGAGUGUUCAGCAGGCAUACUGGUUCAAGGACUGGCGCCGCCUUCUGCUGUCCCCGCUGCACCAUGCGGAUGAUUGGCAUCUCUACUUCAACAUGGCGUCCUUCCUCUGGAAAGGCACCAAGCUGGAGCGACGGCUGGGCGGCCCCUGGUUCCUCUACCUGCUGUCGGUCUUCUCGCUGCUCACCGGGUUGGUCUACCUGGUGUUGGAGGCACUGUUGACAGAGCUCACCCAGGACCAGUCCUACAGCAUGGCCUGUGCUGUUGGCUUCUCAGGUGUCCUGUUUGCUCUGAAGGUGCUCAGUAACCAUUACCACCCUGGAGGUGUGAGCUCUGUGAUGGGCUUCCCUGUGUCUAAUCGCUAUGUUAGCUGGGUGGAGCUAGUGCUGAUCCACAUCACAUCCCCUGGGACCUCUUUCGUUGGUCACCUGGCCGGUAUCCUGGUGGGUCUGCUCUAUACUGUUGGACCACUGAAGGCCAUCAUGAAGAGAUGUGCAGGGUUUGUGACCUCGAAUGGACAUAACUCCCGGUCCAAUGCGUACUACAGCUCUUCAGGCUUUUCAGGCUACAGUGGCACUGGUGGAGGAUACUCCGGAUACCAUCAGUCUCCACCAGAUCACACAACGAGUCGUACACCAUCUUAUACAGGUGGACUGACGGAGGAGGAGCAGAUAGAGGCGGCCAUCAGGAACAGUCUGAAUCACGGAGGACAAACCAGCCAGAGACGAGAUCCACCUCCCUACGGGUUCCGCCUCUCUGAGGAGGCGACAGCUGAGGAGAUCAGGUUGAGGAGACUUCGGAGGUUCGACAGCUGAACUGCGGAGGGGAACAAGAAGAAGGUGUAGGUGCCAAGAGAGGAGCUCCCUCCUGAAGCAAAUUCUCCUUCACAGGCUGAGGAAUAGCAACCCCCAUAUGAGAAGGUCCAACCACACAGACCGACACUUUUAUUGUGUGGCCCCUUGUGCCUCUUUACCAAAGAGUUAAUGUUAGCUCUGGAAAGCUACUUGAAUGUGAAUAACUAAAGAGUUCAAUGGCUUGUGAGCAGGUUAGGUUUGAGUGUGUCUGAUGAUGCUGAAGCAGCUGCCAAAUGGGGGUAUUUUGAAAAAAGUAAAUGGGCACUUGUUUUGAAUUUGUCAUCAGAUUUGCUGUUGUUACACCACUUGAAGUUGUGAAAUGGAUACAGGACAUAAUAUCAAAUGCCUCAAUUUAAAAUUUGAAAAUCAGGAGAAAAAAUGGUCAAUUUCCUUUCUUUUGCUCCAUCCAAACCGCAUUAGACCAGGAGUAGAUCUAGAUACUGUAUUUGAAUUAGUCAAACCUGGACUUCAGAGAUGUAAAGUUCCGUUGCAACUUUGUAAAACCUUUUCUUUUUGUUUCUGAAAUCAGGUAAAAAAAACGGGCUAGACCACGUACAACCAAGUGUAGCUCAAAAUAUGGUACUUCUACUCGUCAAAGCUGGGCCAGCUUAUGUCGAUUCAGUCGAAUGUGGUUUCUGAUCUACACCUGUUCUUAUGUGGUCGUAAUGGAGGGAAAAAAGCUGUGAAAUCAGCCUCUUUUUCUUUUUUUUUCUUCUCACAAGUAGAAUAAAAAACAGGAGGAUGCCAAUUCAACAAAAAAAUAAUUCAACAAAAUGUUAAAUCUGAACCGGACAGUAUUUUCAAAGUAGGUAAAGCUGAUUGAUAUCAGCGAAACCUGAAUGAUUCUUUGGCACUUGAGGAAAGCUGCGGGUCCCUCCAACGCUGUUCCUGACCGAUUCCUUGUUUCCCCUCAAAUCAGCUUUUCCCAGAUUACCAAAACACCAUAAUCAUAAUAGUAAUAACAAUUAGACUACCACCAUAGUUGAAUGCUGCCCUGAUGGGCCACAUCUGGUUUCACAAAGGCCCAGCUGGCUCGUGUAACGAUUCAUCUGCAGUAAAAGUUCUUCUGAGCACACACGGUACUGCUCCUGGUCGGUGUUUCUGACUUAGAACAAUCCACGCAGACCAGUGUCACCCAGUGUUAUUAAUGACAUUAAUUACCCCAAAACACAUAAUGUGUAGUAUUACUUCUACUACCCAUGUGUCAAUACAUUGUUUUUGCAACCUUACCACCGUACUACUCCGAACUUUCUAAACAGUCACCAAGCAAGAGUGACACUGGCUGUAGGCAAAGUUACAAAAGCGACGUUGAAGAAGUACAUCGCUGGCUCUGAUUCCCCUAAAGCCCCGAGGCAUGAUGGGAAGUAGGACAGCUUAAAUUAGAGCCAAGAAACCCAACGAGCCAAGAAACCCCCAUGGGCCCGAAACCAUGCUGCAGCGGAUACGAUCCAAACUGUACGUCCCGGUCCCCGACCCACAGUAGAAAGAAGGGGCCAAAAAAGGUUGCGUGUUAGAUAUCCGGUCUCAAAGUCAAGUCUUUUUUUUGUUUAUACAGCCCGAUAUCACAUGUAGAAGUGUUUUGACAUCAGACAGAUUUGAUGGUUUGCGUAGUUUUCUUUGUUGCACACUGCCAAAGGGGAGCGAGGGGCUCUGGCAGAACAUGAAGGGGGGGGGGGGGCUGAAGAGUGACGGCGGGGAUGACAGGAUGAGGACAGGGAUGACAUGACGCCCGUACUACCCGGGGGUGCACAUUAAAGGGACGUGUUGGUGGUUUUAUGUCUUUGUCUGUCUUCACACGUCGGGGAAGUUGCGUCUCAGUUCGUCGUCGCACCUCGUCCUGUAAACGAGCGGCGCUCCGCCCGCCGUGACUCUGUCACCGAGAAAUAGAGACGAAACUGUGAGAGACGCUCCCGGUUCACGUGCGGAGGCUGUUUUACUUGACCGUCUCGGGUGGCAAGGAGGCUCAGCGAUGGUCGCUCAUCGCCCACAACAUUCUGCUUCAAGCCCUUUUCAAUCAGUUUGCCAACAAUUAACGUUGAUCAAAGUCUUGUAUCAGUUCGGCAUCUGCUCUACUCCAGGUGACGGUGACACGGUUACACGCACAAAACAAGAGACAUGAGGACAAUUGACCGUUUUUUUUCUUUUAUGCUGGCUAGAAACCAAAAAUGUGUUAUUUCAAUUGCAGUGGCGCCAAACUCUGAAGUGUUUUUGUUCAUUUAUCUCUUUUGUUAUCGUUACAUGGCAACAAAAUAACAUAUUGUAUAAGUGCUUUUUAUAAAAUUGAUACGGUUUGCUUAGCAGUUCAGAUGUCGGUGUGUGAGGUUUCAAAUGAAAUUGGGCUGAACAGAGUGAUUUGUAUGUUCAACGAUUUACACGCUGCCCCAAAAAUGUCUGGAAUAUUUACAUUUAGUGGUCACCCUUUAUAGACACAGACUGGGAUAUUGUGUGUUUAUAUAUAUAUAUUUUAUUUUACCUCUAGAUGAUCAUCUAUAGAGAAACAAUGUCUGUCAUGUCCACACAACAAUAAAAGAAGUGGGAACAACACAGCGGUGUGCUAAUGUGUUUUUUCUUUAACCGUGUGAGGAAGUUAUUCACUACUCAAGUACUUUCUAUUGUUAAUACUGUUAUACUCUCACACAACUAGUUAUAUUGAUGAUUACUUGUACUUCUACCCAAGUACCUGCUGUUAUAAUGUAACAGUACUUUUACAGGAGUGCAGUUUUUGUCCACUCUACCUGCCUUUGCCUGAAUGGAAAUGAAAACUUUGCAGCAUGCGUUUGAAAAUGUUCAGUGAUUUAUAGUUUACUGACUGAUGAGCAAUAUUUACAGGAAUAUGCCACCAUGGCAGAAUAAUAGUUGAAACACUUCCUAAGACGCCUGUCUAUAAUGCAUUAAUAACAUACUUAUAAUCUGUUAUCUGUUUAUGUCACUUUAAGAUUAUGGUUAUAAGCACUCAAUA